UUUCUGUAUUCGUAUUAAAGACAGUCUGUCGCGUAUUAUCUGUUUGCAAAUAUUUGGUUUACUUUACUUCAAGGUAAGUACAUCAAAUGGCCACUUCUAAUAACAAAAGUAGGUUUAAACAUACAACUUUAGAUUAGCAACCCUUAAUGCCUAUGAAAGUCGACCCAAACAAGUAAAAUCGUAGGCUUCUCUAGAUUGUUGUCGGCAAGUUUUAAGCAACUUAACUUACGGCGCUGGGAGCAACUUUUUGGGGUUCUAGCAAACUUGAGCAAGUUUUGCCUUUUUGAGCACAUUCAGAAUGAGUAAAAUAUAGGUUUAGGGGACAUAUCAAGCACCAAAAGCUCAUCGAUUUCCUUGAAAACUUCAAUUUGGGCGGAUUAUUGAAUAUUCAUCAGCGCCUUUUGAAUACACAACCUUUCACUUGACAACGUUUCGCAGGUCUGAAAAGGCAUUUACACUCACUUAAGAGGCCUGAAACGCAGUCUGUACAUAAAUAAACACAAGAAAAGAAAAAGAAGAAAACUUAAAAGCGAAAUUCAAUGAACAUUUUGCAGAUUUAUAAAGCAAAGAAUACAACGUCAUAAAUGUCUUGACGUAAGAGUAAUUAAUCAGCUUAGUAAUGCGGUGUUGCUAACGGGCUCUCGACAUCCUAAGAAGCCUGAAAUGCAGUCAGCACACAAAUAAACACAAGAAAAUACUUGCUUUAAAUGUAGAGUUUAAUGCACAUUUUGCCUAAUUACAGCGGCGGGGAAUAAUUCUCAUACAAAGUCUUAUUAUUAUUGCUGUGUGAAUAAUUGAUUAGGAGGAAGUAGGAUAAUGUUAGUUGUUCUUGGCUCUCAUAGUGAGCUUGGGUAUCCUUGAAUUUCUCCCAUGUUUCCGAGAAGCUCUUUAAAGCUAAGUUUCAAGCUAUUUUUCUUGACCGAUGUUAGCAAUUUCGUCAAGAACGAAAAGUAAAGCCCUUAAUUAACGUUAUAUAUAAUAAUACAAUGUAUCAAGAGACAGAAAGAUAUUUAGGUAGCAUUUUUUGAAAUUCAGACAGCAACGUUUUGAACUUUUUGGCAUUUUUUCAGCAACGUUUACAGUUCAACUAGGAAAACCGUAAACACUAGAAAUUUCUCUGGAAUGUUUAUUGUGUUGUGACCAAUCACAGCAAAGAUCAGGACAUGCGAACUUGCCUAAUUAACGUUCUUGCUUGCGGUUGAUCAGUUUUCUCAUGCCUGAUCACGGACACCCAACGAGAAUAUAGUUCAAAUUUAAAACCACUUAAACAUGGCAUUGUCAAACGUAUUUUAGUAUUUAAACGGUACAUAUAGGCAUAUUUUUAUCCCCUAAAAAUUUUUAUCUGUUCGGAUUUCCUAGCUAAAAGUCUAGUGAUCCGAACAUUAUAGGGAUCAAAACUUACCUUUUCGAAAAUUUCAGCCAAAAAAAAGGCUCUCGAAAAUUCUGACCUUUUUAGGGUAAAAAUCCGUUAAAAAUGGGCAAUUAUACCAUUUUUCAGUCGUUCGAAAUUCCUAGGAGAGGCGGGCAAGCAAGAAAUUUACAACAAAUGUUCCGAAAAUUCAGUUCUAGAUCUCAAAUCGUCUUCCGAACAGAUAUUUUCAAAAAAUUGACGUUGGGUGCCCCUGGCCAGAUUGCCUGUUUUCUUGCAACGCAAUAACAUUGCAGAAACAUUUCUGGUGUUUACGGCAUGAAUGUAAUAGGCCAUUUCCGAGUUCCAAAAACUCACACUUUGAAAACGUGACCAAGUGCACAACCUUUGUUUUGAAAAUUAGCAAUUAAUGAAUGAGGCUGAGUAUCAUCUGAAGAAUUAUGGAGAUCGAAGAGGGUGUUAACCGAUACGAAAAUAGCAGCAAAUGAAAUUAUCAGACUCGAGACCCUCCGCGAAGUACUUUGUCUUGCUCUUUUUGUUUAGAUUUAAUGCUCGUCUUAUUUCAAAAUGCAGGUACAAAAAAUACGAUACAGAUGUUAAAUUUGGAUGCGAAUUGUUAUUUUCUAACUUUUCUUCACUACAUAAAUGCAGGCCGUAAUUUGGGAUUUAUCUGCACAUACUUUUUCUCUUCCUUCUCUUUGUUUGGAUGGUAACAGGUUGGGCUAUCUUAUUGUAAAAGUGUGGAUGUUAUGCAAAAGAGAAAACUGUCGGUUUAAAAAGAGGAAGUAAGAAAUAGGUUAGUUCUAAGACGCAAGAAACAGGUCGCUUCCUCAAGCUAUUGACUGGUUAAAAUGUGUUAUUUGCUAGAAGGAAGCAACUGAAAAAGCUCAGUGUCCAGUUAACAGGAGACCGCCCUCCUCUGGUGCUGGAUGCCUUACUUUUGAAGAAGACUUAACGUCAUUUUAUGAGGCGGCGGAAUUAAGUUUAGCAGUUGACUAAAAAUGUUUUGACGUGGGAAAUGGAAUUGCUUCCACUUUAGCAAGUCGUUUGCUAUACGGUGGCAUAAAUGUUGUCGCGAUCCGUUUAACAGGAUGAAACUGGAUCGUAUGAUGUAAAGAAAAAUGCCUGUAGGAAUCCACAGCGGCAAACGGACACACGCUCGAGUAGGUUUCUGUUCGCACGGCGAAGAAGCAGACAUGAAAAUGAUAGUUCAUGUAGCUGAUGCAAUAGCAAAUGAUCAUUAGUGAGUCAUGAUUCGAACUUUUUCCCUUUUUUUCUCGCUCCGUCUUCCCCACUAUUUUGGAGACUAGUCGAACAAGCCUAUUUAGACUUGAAGGAAUUUUGAGUGUCCCAUUGCACAAAAAACUCCACAACAUCCUAGCAACUUAUCUCUUUGCGAAGGCCCUUGUCCCAUCUUAAUCGAAGUUUCUACCUGUCUUCCAUGGCCUAGCAGUGUGUGAUAAAACUUCCUUCUCCGCUGGUCUUGAAAUUGCUAGCCUGCGUAGCUGGCGGUAUUGUGUGGGUGCGAGAUUAAAGUUUUGGCGGCGGAGCCCUGUUCCAAAAAAAGGGAGUAGGGACGAGGCGGUUGUGAGGGCUCCGCCGUCAAAUCUCACUCGAGUAUAUUACAACGGCUCCGCUGCCAAAUCUCACUCGACUACUACACAAUACCGCCAGCUACGCAGGCUAUGAAAUUGCCAAAAUACUGAACAUGGAUUUUUGCCAAUUUUUUUCUUAUUGAAAGGAAGUAUUGAGGUUAUUGAAACCAUGAAUUAAAAUACAGUGGAACCCCGAUAUAACGAACCUCUAUGUAACCAGUCCUGGCCAUAACCAUCUCUGGAUAUCAGUUUCGGGCCUUGUGAUUGGUUUAGGUCAAAACCAAAACAAAAUAAACUUAGCCGAGAGAUACUGGAAUAAGUAGAAGUUGAACAAUUUUUUGGAAUGGCAGCCAUUUGCGUAGAACGGCGGAAACAAAAUUCAGUAAUAAACACUACACGGAAAGACAGCUAUUAUUAUUGUUGUUGUUGUCGAUGAUGAUACUUAUUAUUGGGUUUACUUGUCCUCCGAACGUCCAUUUUAACUUUAUUACAAAGUGCGACAGCUUAAUUAAAUACGAAGUGCGAUGGUCAGUUAUCACAAAGUGCGACAGGUCAGCCUUAUGGGAGGGUGCUAAUGGGGGUAAAUCUCAGUUAACUAGUAUUUUUCAGCCAAUUCUCAGUUAACUACUAAUUUUGGUUAGCUAUUAACUUUCCCUUUCAAACAGCGAAUUUUAUUCCGUCAUAACCCGAAUUUUCCUUCUUUCAUCAAGUCAAUCACUUUUGGGUGUAGGCCCUACUAAAAUCAAGGUGUAAAUUUACAUGAACUCUGCCACUAGUACAAUUUAUAAGUUACUGAAAAUAUAUAAGUCGUAUAACCAAAAUAGAUCCAGACGCACCAGUCAUGAUCUCGAACUGAUCUUCCCGACAUGGUCAUGCAUGUCCUGCCAUAAACUACCUCAAAAGUCACUUUCUUCGGCACUUUCAUUAUUUGAUCAGAAUCAGUCUUGUACUUAUCUGGUUGCUGUAUGUCCUGUAUCUUGCUUUUGGCCUACGUUUCAAUGCUUUUUUUAUCUUUGCAAUCCAUUGCAACAGACGACGAGAUACACAAUCAAUGCCAGAAUAUAGUCUUAAACAACAAAACUGGACCAUUAUUUUUGGAAUUCAGUUGGUGAAUUUAAUCACUGUUUGCAGCUAUGGGAGAGACAUAGAGUUGAGAGUGCCGACAAAGGUAUGAAAUGACACGGGACAAUUCGUCUAUUCGUGAGUGUAGCCCACUUCGAACUCGUAGUUCUUUUAAGCGAUUGCUUUACUGUGGUUCCAAAGUCUUGGGCGUAGUGUUUUGUGUUGAAGUGAGAAACCAGUGCAGGCUUUCCACCUGCGUUGUCAGAAGGCCUUGUACCCCGAUACAGAUUUUGUCGACAUCCUCUUUCGCCUCCCACAUGGCUACCUUUUUCGCAGACGUACUUUUUUCGCUUAUUUCAAAAGCCUAAUAAAGAUAUCUAAGGGUUUUAAGAAAUGAAACUGCCAAAACUGUUUCAGAAAGACCGGUUUAAAUACAAAAAUAAGAAACGUGGAAACUAUUACACACACAAGAUUCUCUCUAAAACCGUGACCCUUUUGUACAUAAUAACAAAAACCGUUCGGUUUAAUUACUUUCGCAGUUCUCGCAGGCACCCACCACGAGAAAUACAACCUUACAUAAAAGACUUCCCAGCCUGAGUUUCAGACAUCCUCUAGAGUCGAAGGGAUGUCUGAAAUUCAGGCUAAAAGAUUUCCCUAGAUAGCUUUUCACUGUUUUCCGUUAUCAAUCGAUAAAUCACUUGAUCGCUAACGAUUUUUAUCGAUUUCGAUUUAUAUCUAUUGGCUACUUCGGGAAGUAACUACACGCGGAACUGAUGUUACUUUGAAAGGGUGGCAGAUCUAAAUCGUGCAAAAACAGGGCUCUCACAAACCUGGCCAAUAUCGGCAGUCAGAAGAAAACUUUAAAGCAGAUUUUAAAGAAAAGAUAGGAUUUUUUAAAACUUUUUUUUUAAAAAAAGUGAUAAUAAAUUGUUUGAUCCUUCGACUCUCAAUUGCAACUCAAUUGUUGACAAAUUCACUGUUAACACGAGAUCAGUUUUCAUUUAUGAAUGAACCGGAAAAACAGAUGUAUCUUCCCGAUAUAAAUCGAUGGAAUCGGUAAAAGCUAGAUAAAUCGAUAAACGAAACGACUGUCAUCGAUUUCUACCGAUUGAUCUAUACAAUCGAUAUUAAUCAAAUCAGAUUUAUCGAUUGAUAAAUCGAUACCGAUUUUUAUCGAUUGAGUACUCCGGGAGUUACCAUAUAGCGGUAGACGCAUAUUUUAAAGUCGCCUCUUCUUUUCUCCAAAGGUGAGAAAUACUCUUUAAAGGACUAAAGAUGAGUGCUGUUACCAAGAUCUUCAUCUUGUUCACGCUGUUCAGCACUGCACAGUCCGGUCCAUUGGCUUAUGCAAUCUGUCAAACAGGAUGUAAUACUGUGUGGGUGGCCUGUGUCGCUGCCGCUGGUGGAACAGCAGGGGUUUCCACAGGAGGUGUUGGAGUUCCCGCCGCUAUCCUGGCGUGUAAUGCUGCCCAGGGAGUUUGUAUGGCUGCUUGUGUUGCUGCUGGUCUCACGCCCACCCCUUGAGGCAGUCUUGUCAAGAUCUCAGCCGCCGAUUUUGUGUUACCAUCACUUUAAAUUUUCGCUUUGUUAAAUCGUGACUUGAAUAGGUUAUAAAUCAUCACUUGAAUAGCUUAUGAAUUGUAACUUAAAUGGGUUAAAAGUCGUGUUGCGUUAGAUAGUUAAGACCGUAACGCCAGUAACUGUUGAGAACACACAAAUAUUGUACUUUUGAUGAUAAAAUCUUAGCGAUUAGAGGAGAAAUAAUAUUGCUAUGUGUGAGUUAUAUUCGUAUGUGGUGAUAUUAUUAAAAUAACUGAGAUGGUG